AUGAUAUCCUUAACACAUAUUCAGGAAAAAAAUCUCAAAUAAAAAGCAUCAAGAUAAUUCUUCCAACAAUCAAUUAGAGCUAUUCUCAAAAUGGAUGCCAUCAAAUUUAUCAAAUAAUUAAAAGUAGAUAUUUAAGGAUUUAUAGAUAUUUUAGUCCUUUAUUGAUAAUUCAGAGGUUUAAGCUACUUUACAUCACGAAAAUAUUUUAAGCAUUAAAAAAGGUUUAUCUUUAUUUAUAUUAAAAUGAGAAACAAGAUGUUAUACGCUGCUGUGUAUUUAAAUUCUUGGAAUAAUGUAAGGCAUUUAUUAAGAAUUAAGUUUUGAAAGUCUUGAUGGUAAUUAUAAGUAUUUAUUUUAUUUUAACAAGAAUUUAAUUGCAAAAUGGGUACAAUCUUCAAAAUUAAAAGUAGAGAUGUUAGAUUUCAUCUAUCAAUAAAGAUAUUUAAUAUAGAAAAUCAAUAUCAUUUAAUUUAAACUUUAGUACUGUUUUCAGAAAUUAUUAAUUUGAUUUCUUAACUAAUAUAAAAUAAUAAAACAAUAUUGGGUAUGUAUUAUAAGAGAGGAAGAUUAUAGAAAAAGUCUCCAAAGUUUUUAAAAAUAUUUAAUAAGAAUUAAGAAUUAAAAUUAUAUAGAGAUAGACUCUUUUUAGAGACUUUUAGUCAUAUAACAGUAAAUUCUACUUUAAAGAUACUUUUAUCACUAAGGAAGCAAUAAAGAUUUAGAGGUGUUCCAAAUUGA